AUGCUCAAACUCAUUUUCAACCGCUUCAUCAGCAUCUUUGCUAGCAUCCUCUCCUUGCAAGUUCUGACCAGCACGGCGAUGCCAUUCCCCGUCACCAACAUCACCGAUAUCGGUUCUAACAGCUGUAUCUGGGAUUUCAGCCCAACUAUUUGCGGCGAGGAUGUCAGCUAUCAACAGCUUGUCUAUCCACCCACCACUGGGUGCAUGCCUCUUGCAACUGGGAUGAAGAAUGUGUGGACAAAUGAAUGUUCCAGCUGGUUUGGUGAGCACUACCAGAUUACUGUCGUCCCCCUGUCACUAUCAGGGGCUAAUCCAGGGGAUGUGCGCAGGAGCUUGUACAAUGUGGAUGCAGCCCGAUUGUACCGGAGAAUGGUCGUUGAGAAUUGA